AUAAUUUUACUAUUUAGGCAAUAUGUGAAACCAUGUGCUUUUUGAUAGAUUUGUUUACAUUAGCGCUUUGAUCAAUGGCUUACCAACCGUUUAUGUUUGAGCCCGAACGUUCCGAACAUGAUAGUGAGUCGGACUUCGACAUAGGAUUAUCUUCAGGCGAUGAAUUGGAAGAAAAUGUCGAAAAUAUUGCGCGAUUGGGAAACCGAGAUUGGUGUUUGUGUGGCAACUGCAGACCAAUGGACACGGUAAAAGAAAGUAUCUGUUGUUUAGAAGUAGACCAAAUCGGCGACAAAAUGCAAACCACCAACUUGCAGUGCAUUCUAGAACAUUAUGAUUUCCCGAUUAUAUGUUUGUAUCCAGAAGUGCUCAGGACAGCCCUCGUAGCCAGAGCCAACAUACGACGCGAUGACUACACAGAACCAGUACCAAAUAGGCUGUGGCGAGAUCGUCAGGAUUUUCUCAGUGUAGCAUUUUUAUGUUGGUGAAGUUGUCACACGUUACUACGCAACUAUUUGUCAUAAGUGCACACUUUGAUGUUCAAUUUGGUAUAAUAAAUAUAUGAACAAGA